AUUGCUAUAGUUUUUAAAAUUUGGGUUUUAUCGUUAGAGGAAAUUUUGAUUAAUUACUGUUUUUCGAAAAAAGUUUACGUGAAUCUAUAUAUGUGUUAAUAAUCUGUUCAUACACGCCAAAAUGCCUAAUUCGGAGAUUGAAAUCUUCUAUUUAGGGGUUUAUAUGCUUUCAAACAUGUUCGUUAUUAUUGAACCUUUUUUCGAUUGUCUUUACUUGCUAACUUUUUUGAUAUAAGAUAAUAUCAUUGAUUGUUUUUGGUUUGUGGUGCUUUGUAUUCAUGGGUUUAUUUGAACUACAUUUGGUGGAUUUAGUUGCGAUUCAAUCUGAGCAUGAUUUCCAAGAACAUCAGUUGAUAUGUGUACAGGGUAAAUUUUUUAUGGUUUCUGAACAAUGAAAGGGUAAUUUUUACAUCAUGGCACUAGAAGACUUCUUUACCUCAAUCGAGCUAAAAAAUGGACUCACAUCUCCUGAAAGAGUCAAUGACCUCAUCACAGCAAUGCAGAAAGAUCAAGACUUUAUAGUCAACAAUCUUGAUGAAGCAACCCGACAGUGGUCUACUGUAGCACGCACUAUCGCAGCCACAGAGGAUCACAACUGCCUUAAUCUUUUUAUUGAUUUAAACGGAUUAUCUUUCAUUGAUAAAUGGCUCAAAAAUGAUGCUAAUAACAUUCUUUUUGAAGAAUCAAUGGUUGAGUUCUUGAGAGCACUUGAGAAGCUGCAGAUAGAUAACCAGAAGUCAUUGGAUUCUGGAAUAGGCAAAACCAUGCAGAAUCUUGUUAAUCAUGGUAAUUCUUUGAUUUGUGAAAAAGCUAAAGUGUUGUGUGAUAAAUGGAAGCUAAAUCAGGACAAUGAUGUUGAAAAUCUUGAAACAAUGCCAUUGAUAGUAAAUAAUGAGGAGGCCACAACAAUGGACAAAGUACCCACGAAUCAGGAGUUGACACCUGGCGAUACAAAUCUUUUGGUAAAGUCUGAAACCGUGAAUUCAAAAACAGAGAGUCCGUUAGAACAAAUAGCUUCAAGUGCUGACGUGGACAAUUCUUCUAGAAAGAUGGAUGUAAUAGGUGAUAAGGAUGAAGACAUGGUGGAUUUCCAAAGUACAAUGUCAUUAAAGACUCCAAACCAAGUUGAAAGCCCAAAAACGUGUUCGAAUUCAGAAAGUGAGAGGGAAGCUGAGAAUGAAGAAAAUGGUUCACAUUUAUUUGAAUUAUCAAUGAACAAGAAGACAUCAGAUUUGGAAUUAGAUUAUGGAAUCAUAGAUCCGUUAGAGGUUGCUAGACAAGUUGCUAAUGAAGUAGAAAGAGAAGUUGAUGAUUCCAGGGAACGAAGUUGUAGUACUUCCGAGGGUCCAAAAACUCCGGAAUCCACAGUUCCGGAAGAAACUCCACCCGUCACACGCUCAAAAGAGCCCACGAAAGAAUCCGAAACCCAAACCCUUGUUUCCAAACCUGACAUCACCAUGUCUCAAGUUUCCGAAGUGGCUCAGGAAUCGGAAUUCAACACCGGAAAGGGAAUCAGUGGUGGGUUCGAUCUGAAUCAAGAAGUUUGUUCCGAAGAAGUUGACGAUAUGAAUCCGGUCUCGAUCUCAUCGACAGUGUCCGUUGUUUCUGCUUCCAGAGCAACCGCAGCUUCGGAAUUACCAAUUACGCCCUUGCAGUUCGAGGGUACUCUAGGGUGGAAAGGCUCCGCUUCCACCAGUGCAUUUAGACGGGUCCCGGAAAGUGAAAAAUCCGGGCCCCACAACAACUCCUCAAAACAACAACGUUCGGAUUGUCUCGAUAUCGAUCUCAAUGACAAUGUUCCUUCUGGGGAGGAAUCGUCUGUGGAGGCGGGGCCCACGAGACCGGAAAGACCGCAGUUGGAUCUCAACACUAUCGGUGAUGAAGCUGCUGAUGUGGCACGUUCGGAUUGGUGGCAAAGUCCGUCUGUUUCUUCUUCUUCAUCGUCAAAACAACCUUCUAGAAACAUCGAUUUGAAUUUGACACAUCAGCCACAAGAAUCUGUUAUUUCCAUUUUUGGUACGAAAGUUGAGGUGAAAAACAAAGAUUUCCAGAAUCUUCCGCAACCUUCCGGAAGGUUUAUGAAACCAACAGUCGAUUUCAAUAUAGCGAAAACACAUUACAACAAUCAGCUUUUUUAUAACGGUUUUCCACCAGGGCCCGCAAUGUUUUUCUACGGGUCGCCUGGUGGGUCCGGUGGGCCCGUCCAGUAUAUGGUUGAUUCAAGAGGGGCCCCAGUGGGACCGCAAAUUAUGGGCGGCUCUUCGCCGCCUUUGCCUUUCAUGGUGAACAUGGCGGCAGGUGGUGGGUCUGGUGGUGCACCGCCAGGUCCAACACUGAAUAACUUUGAUCUGAACACUGGGUUGUCUAUUGUUGGAGGGAAAAGGCGUGAGCCUGAUGGGAGAUGGGAUUUUUUUCCGGUGAACAAACACCAGCAACCACCGUGGAGGUAGUGGUUUGUUUUUUUUAAUAUAUUACAACAACUCAAAUAAAGAGUCUUGAAGAGUUGUUUAUUCGGAAGAGUGAAGGAGGAAGGAGUUGGUGAUUCUUAUUUUUAUCAGAUUAAUUGACUAAAAAGAAAAAGGAAAUAGGUUUAUUUUUGGUUUACAGACGUUUAUUUGGUUAUUAAGUUUUGAGUAUUUGAUAGAAGGGUGGUUUUGGAAUAUACGACUUUGUUACAUGUAGCUGUAGUUUCGUUUUCUCCGUAUUAUAUCAAAGGAAAUUCGAGAAACCCUCCCAUUUCAGGA